AUGUCAAUCACGAAAACGAAUUCGACAAAAAUCUUGAUUUUGAUUACAAUGGUGACAAACAAUCAACAUAUGUCAAUUAUUCUUCAAAGCAUCGAUACUUUCAGUCGUCGAGUACAAGUUACUGACAGUUUAUGUUGGUUUUUGAUUGUCUUGGGAGUUUUGGGUAAUUUAUUUGGUCUUCUUAUAUUCUCUUCGUCUCAACAAACAUGGCGAAUAUCGACCAUUUAUGUUUAUUUGGCAAGUUCAACUUCUAUUAUCAAUCUUUUUUGUGCAAUUCGAUAUGCACUCAUUUUACAUUCGAAAUCACGAAUAUUUAUUAAUUAUUUAGUUGGAUAUUCUUGGUAUGCGUGUAAAAUCUAUGAAAUGGCGUUUUCAUUUCGUGUUAUUUCAUCAUGGAUAACGCUUUUCUGGAUGUUCGAACGUUUAACCUGCAUUUCCGACCGAUUACGAACCUUAUUUCACCGAUGGAAUACAAGUCAAUUGAAAAUCGCUAUCCCACUUGUCAUUCUCAGUUUUAUUCUGAUCGGUACACUUGCUCCUUCUGUUUAUAUGUAUCAACCACAAACUACCGAAAAUGAAUCAGCAAGUAAUACAAGUCGAGAUUUGAUUCAUUAUUAUUGUGGCCUCAGUUCGAAUGCUUCAUUAAAAUGGAAAAAAUAUUUCUUUGAAGUACAUCUAGGUUUCAACCACCACACAGUCCGCUGUUUUUUCUCGGAAUUGUUCCCAGCUGUUGCCAUCGUUACGUUCAACAUUUGUAUUCUAUAUAGCAUUUACCAAACAACCCGUCAAUUGAAACGAACAAAUGAACAUAAAAUGUCGAAGAAACGAAGAAAAGUGACGUCAUGGAUGAAUCUUGUCUUAAUUCUUCACUCUUGUCUUUUUCUUUUCUCACUUUUCUCGCAUAUUGCUGGACACAUUAUGACAGUUGAAGCACAUGAGACUUGGUGGGUUUUAUUAUCCGUUUUAGGCAAUUGUUCGUUGAAUUUCUACAUUUAUUGUUUAUCCGGAAGACAUUUUCGAUGGAAAACUGUUCGUUUAAUUAAAUUCUUCUUCUUUCGAAUCGUUUAUCAAAUUGAAAUCUGGGAACGACAAUGGAAAGAACGACAACGCAACUUCAGAUACCGUGAAAAUCAUCCAUUGAAAACUAGACUAAGAUUAAUUCCAAUGUAUUCGUCGUCUGCAUAA